AUGGGCGCCUAUCUCUAUGGGCGCCUAUCUCUAGGGGCGCCUAUCUCUAGGGGCGCCUAUCUCUAUGGGCGCCUAUCUCUAUGGGCGCCUAUCUCUAGGGGCGCCUAUCUCUAUGGGCGCCUAUCUCUAGGGCGCUAUCUCUAUGGCCGCCUUUCUCUCAGGGCGCCUAUCUCUAUGGGCGCCUAUCUCUAUGGGCGCCUAUCUCUAUGGCGCCUAUCUCUAGGGCGCCUAUCUCUAGGGGCGCCUAUCUCUAGGGCGCCUAUCUCUAGGGGCGCCUAUCUCUAUGGCCGCCUAUCUCUAGGGGCGCCUAUCUCUAUGGGCGCCUAUCUCUAUGGGCGCCUAUCUCUAGGGGCGCCUAUCUCUAGGGCGCCUAUCUCUAGGGGCGCCUAUCUCUAG